GCAGCUUAGCUCGGUGCGCGGCUAGGGUAAGCGGGGUGGAGAGGACGCGGAGGAGGCGGAGUGGGGUGAUUCCGCUUCAGUGGGCUUGCAAGUAUAUAUUGGGGACUGAGGUCACUGCUGGAGUCGAAGUAAAUCCGAACCGAAGACUAUCAGAAGCACAAAGUGGAUCUGUGAAUAAAAGAAAAUUAAUGGGUGAAAGCUUAGAUAUGCCAACAACAGCAAUUACAAAAAUGAUGUCAUGAUCAGAAAGGAGGCUUACGUGCACAAGAGUGUAAUGGAGGAACUGAAGAGGAUUAUUGACGACAGUGAAAUUACAAAAGAAGAUGAUGCGUUGUGGCCUCCCCCUGACAGAGUUGGCCGACAGGAGCUUGAAAUUGUAAUUGGAGAUGAACAUAUUUCUUUUACAACAUCGAAAAUAGGUUCUCUUAUUGAUGUAAAUCAGUCAAAGGAUCCUGAAGGCCUUCGAGUAUUUUACUAUUUGGUACAGGACCUGAAAUGUUUAGUUUUUAGUCUUAUUGGAUUACAUUUCAAGAUUAAACCAAUCUAAAUUAUAUGUUUUUGAAGCUGUUUUUAUAUUUAAUUAAGGGAUGGGUUUGUCAUUUACACUAUUGGGAUUUUUAUAAAUGUGAAGUUUUUUUUUUUUGUAUGCCAACUAAAAAUAAGGAAAUACAUAAGCAGGCUUACUGAUUAUUCUCACUUGGGUCCAAGUGGUCUGGACAGUCCUCAUGCAUGAAAUAUGUAAAUAAAAGCAAUCGUUUGUUGAGAGUUUGCUCUAAUAAAACAUAUCAAAGCCUGGAUGGAGAGUGGGUUUUUUGUUUUUGUUC